AUGGCGCCGCCGGCGGUAAACAUGUCCACGCUCGUUGUAGACCUUGACACCGGGAAGAAGAUUAGAAACUACGUCCUCGAUGCAAGCUCUCCCAUGGCAAAGAUUGAACCAGCGCACACCGUUAUCGGGAAAGAUAUGCUGGCGCCAAAAGUGGCUUCCUUCUUGUCCAGAGGUCCUUCACCUGAUUACCCUGAGAUUAUCAAGCCAGACAUAGCUGCACCUGGAGCAAACAUCUUGGCAGCUGUGAAAGAUUCAUACACAAUUUACUCGGGGACGUCAAUGGCAGCCCCACAUGUAGCUGGCAUCGUCGCGUUGCUGAAAGCUAUGCACCCAGACUGGUCUCCUGCUGCUAUAAAGUCAGCCAUAAUCACCUCAGCCCAUAUAACCGACGAGCGCGGCAUGCCGAUACUGGCAGAAGGGUUGACCCGGAAGAUUGCCGAUCCCUUCGGCUAUGGUGGCGGGAAUAUCAACCCUCAUGGUGCAGCCGACCCCGGCCUUGUUUAUGACAUCGAUCCCCGUGAUUACAGCAAAUUCUUCGGAUGCACAAUCAUCAGGAGGAUGAACGUGACCUGCAAUGCGACGGCACUGCCGGCUUACCACUUGAACCUGCCCUCCAUUGCUGUCCCCGAGUUGAGGCGUUCGGUAACCGUGUCCAGGAUAGUGACGAACGUUGGAAAGGUCGAUUCUGUGUACCGCGUUGUUGUCCAGAGUCCAGCCGGUGUGAGGAUGGAGGUUGAGCCUCCGGUGCUCGUGUUUGAUGCGGCAAACAAAGUGCAGACAUUUAAGGUGAAGUUGUCGCCGAUGUGGAAGAUGCAGGGGGACUACAUGUUUGGCAGCAUUAUUUGGCGUAGUGGCCGGAAGGCCGUGAGAAUCCCGGUUGCAGCUCGAAUAACAGUUCAGGAUUUCUAUGCAGAUGUUGCAUAAGUUAUUACUAUAGGGUGGACCAUAUAUUUGUAUACAGAAGCUGGUGUUAUUAAUUAGUAUGAAUAAGAAGAACAAACGGGGAAUCUUUCUCUUACAUCUAAAUAAAUGUUCUAGUUUCAAAUCCUUGGACAUGAAGGGAAAUAAAGGCCAGUUUGAUAUAAAAAAAGAGUUCAGUUUGAAUCCUUUGCUGCCUGGGAUGAUCAGCUUUGUAUCUUAUUCUUAACUAGACACAAGGCGCCCAAUACAUAAAGAAAAGAAACUGAUAAAACCAAACAUAUAUAGUCUUAUAGUGCCUGACCACCAUAGGCAACUGAAACAAAAAAGG